AUGAUUGGCAAAGUCGAGCCCGCGAGAAUAUUAGCAGUAUUUCCUGUAGCAUCUAUAAGUCACCAAGUAGUGUUUCGUCCUUUAAUUAAUGAGUUGGCAAAACGUGGACACGAAGUUGUAGUGAUAACACCAGAUCCUGCGUUUUCGAAAGGGAAAUCACCUCAAAAUCUAACUGAAAUAGAUAUUCAUGAGUUGUCUUAUAAAAUAUGGAAUGAUCUUUUAGAAACUGGAAUGGGUCAAAAUCUUAUAGAAGAACACGAAGAGGUUGAAAAUAAAGUAGUGAGAGGUUUGUUUGGUCCUAGCGUACCUGAUUUGAGUGAGUUGAAAAAAAAUGUACAUCUGAUAUUUUUGAAUGUUAAUCCUAUUUGGGAUUUUAAUAGACCCGUUCCACCUAACAUAAUAUACUUGGGUGGUAUUCAUCAGAAUCCGCAUAAAGAAUUGCCAAAGGAUAUCGAAUCUUAUCUAGACUCUUCUCAAAAAGGAGUGAUAUACAUGAGUUUUGGUACAAACGCUAGAACUUCAUUGUUACCAGUUAAAACAUUGAAGUUAUUCACAAAUGUGUUCUCUCAACUACCUUACGACAUAUUAUGUAAAUGGGAUGACGAAGAAUUACCAAAUCGUCCAGAAAAUGUCAGAGUUUCAAAAUGGCUACCACAGUCUGAUUUAUUAAAGCACCCAAAUGUGAAAUUAUUCAUAACCCAAGGAGGGCUCCAGUCAACUGAUGAAGCUCUUAACGCUGGUGUACCAUUAGUUGUGAUACCAUUUCUCGGAGAUCAAUGGUUUAAUGCUGAACAAUAUGAAAAACUAAAUAUUGGAAUUCAUCUAGAUUUGGAAACUAUUACUGAGGACAGCUUAAAGAUUGCCAUUGAAAAAACUAUUCAAGAUAAAACGUACCGUGAAAACGUAGUCAAACUGCAUAACAUAAUGCGUGAUCAACCUCAGACGCCGCUGGAGCGUGCCGUGUGGUGGACGGAGUACGUGCUGCGGCACGGCGGAGCGACACAUCUACGUGCCGCGGGCGCGCAUAUGCACUGGACGGAAUAUUAUGCUAUGGAUGUUGUAAUAUUUCUAUUGGUUGUAGUGCUGACUAUUUUUAUAGCUGUUAUAUUUGCGAUUCGAUAUAUAUGCGAUUCGCUGAAGGAUAUAAAAAUUAAAUUAAAGAGAAGUUAA